AGUCACCGUGCAGUGUUGACCUGUGCGAUUGAAUUGCGUGCGUGUGUAGUUAAAAAAGGUAGCAGAAUAUCCAAAUUUCGGUCUCCACCAUUCUAAAAAGUAUCCCGUUAUUUGCGUGUGCUUGCGUAUGUGCUGAAACAUAACAUGUAUACCUUUUUACUUCGAUUCGGUUAGCUGUGUACGGUUCAGUUCGUGUAGUUUUAUUCGCUGCUGCCGCCACCAUCGCUUAGAUUAGAACCUUUUGAUUAAGAAAGUGUACCUUCCGGACCGCAGUCAACAAGCAAGCCAAGGGUCGGCGCCGCAAAGCUUUUCGGUUUCGUUGUGGUGUGAGUGGUUUUGAAACGGAAAGCAGUAAAAUGAAAAUGUGUGAUUUUAAAUUAGAAUUUUGAGGCAGGUUUCAGCGGGUGAUUUUUAACUAGUGUAUGAAGAAAUUAUUAACAAGCUAUCACAAAGAAAGUGAAGGAAGAAAGUAGUAAGAAGUGUGUAGGAUUUAUUGUGUAGAGGAGGUGAUUAUUUCCGGUCGCUAUUAUACGGCGCGGAGCAACGAUCACAAUUGAUCGAAACUGGCGUGCCGAAUUUGGGGGUCGUGCCAGGAAAUCGAUUCUAUCCUAGCUAGUCGCAAAGUCGGCUAGGCUUCGGCAGUCGUUCUGCCAGUGCUGAGAACAAAGUAUAACAGCUGCACACUAGGGGGAGGAAAGAAGGCGCAACGAGAAGACAGUCAGUCGCAUUCGAGCGAGGGUGUGACCCCCGAGUGUAAACGGAAGGCAAGCAAAAAAAAAAAGAAGGUUGUGAUCCCAGAUGAGUGUAAUAUGGCCGUCGUUUGUCUGAAAACUGCGAAUAACAGUCAACCGUUCUCGACAUCACCGUCCGGGUCGAUAUUGUCCGGCUCGGUCGGUACCGGAAGUGUCGCCAUGCACGGCAGCGCCGGUGGACACAUGCAAAGUCAGCUGACGCGGUCGCUCGAGCGCAUCCUGGAGGAUGCCAACAUGAGUGGUGAGCUGAAACUGAGCGGAAGGAAGCUGAAAGAUUUCCCGAAGGCGGCUGGGAAGUACAAUCUCAGCGAUACGGUCAUUGCAGAUCUGUCCCGCAAUCGGUUUUGUGAGCUGCCAGAGGACAUUACAUCGUUGGCCUUCCUCGAGCGGUUGCUGGUUUUUCACAACACGAUACGCUCGAUACCUGAUACGAUUCGGGGAUUGCACUCACUCACAUAUUUAGAUUUAAGGAACAAUCAACUGUCGGUACUGCCGCGCGAAAUUUGCUUCCUACCGCUGCAAGUAUUGCUUGUAUCGAACAACCGGCUGGUUACGCUUCCGGAUGAGCUCGGUCGGAUGGAGGAGCUGACCGAGCUCGAUGCCGCCUGCAACCAAAUCACACAUCUUCCUCCCCGUAUGGGUGACCUGCGGAAUCUGCGCUCGCUUACUCUUCGCAACAAUCAACUCGUCUAUCUGCCCCGGGAUCUCACCUGUUUGCAGCUGGUGUUUCUGGAUAUCAGCAGUAAUAAGAUUGCUACCCUUCCAGUGGAACUUCGAUUGAUGAGCUCGCUGGUCGACCUAGAACUGUCGAAUAACCCACUUACCUCUCCACCAGCUAGCCUCUGUGUUCGAGGUCUGGUGCACGUGUUCAAAUAUCUGGAAACCGCAGCAGCCAAAGAGGAGAAGUCCAAAAGUGGCCUGGAUGGUCACGCAACCCUGCGGCGGUCGGCGCUGUCGUCGAAGAAUUCUGGCGGAAGUUUACUCGACGGAACGCGCAACCGUCGUGCGCACGUCGAUUCCGGCUACAGCACUAGUGACGGGGGAUUCGAGGGUAAGCGUUGGUCUCAGGACGAUCCGCACGACUUCGGCACUGGGGGUACCUAUUCACCCAAAUGGUCGCCCAUUUCAAUGCACACUGGUUUCGCGGGGAAACCGCCGCCAGCGUUUGUACCAGCACCAGCUUCGGCACUAUCGGCUACGGCACCAUCUAAUCUGUCCGCUCCUGUGUUGUCAUCUGCAGGUGGAAUUGGUUUUUCAGGUUUGCUGAGCGCUGAAAGCGCAGGGGGAGGAGGCAAUGGAACGUUGGAGGAAGAAUUCAAAAAGGGCGUCAUGCUGCUGGAUCAGCAAGACCAGAAAAAGGCUAAUAACGGCAAUAGUAACGAUAUGUCUCCAGAAGGUGAUUUGACACCGGAGGGAAUGAAAACAGACGAUAAGAUGCGAUCGUUGGGUAAUAUUCAAACAUACAGGGAAUACAAGGAAGCUCUUCGUCAGCAGCGUAACCAAGUGGACAUUUACAGACCCAAGGAUCAUCAGGCACACACGCCGGACAGUGGAGGUUCCACUACGGAUUCACCGCUUAGCAAUUUCUCCCCUUACAGCAAAUCUCAAGCCACAACUCCGUCUCCAUCGGUUUACAGCAGUAGCAACCAAAGUUCUCCACUUUCUCCACACCACACCAACAUCCACAAACUAAACCAAAUUAAUGCCAACGGUGGGCACAACAAUGGUUUCACUUCGGCCAACAAUUCUAGUCCUCUGCUCUCACCAAACCGAAAUAUCGUUGCACCGUUCGAAGAAACGAACCCCAACGGGGGCGCGAACAACAACACAUCGUCAACCCCAAACAAGCGACCGGUGCAGAAGGUCAUUCCUUCGCGUAACAUAGCUUCCACAUAUCAGUCAAGCCAGUCGCCUACGCAUCUCAACGGAAACAACAAUCUUUCGACUGGAUCGUCGAUGGCCAACGGUAAAAUUCCUAUUCCGAAUGGUACACCCAUCAAGACUGCCGUUUCCAACAGCAGCUGUACGGAUUACGCUUACGUGAAACCCAACAGUCCGUGCAAGGCAUCCAGUGGCAUUCUAGCGCAUAACAAUGUUCCUUCGUCGAUUCCGAAACCGAUGGCUAACGGGGCGAGUUCUCCGAAUGGUAAUCAGAAGCCACUAACUGCCACCGUGGGAUACGUGAACAACGUUAAGCCAGGACAGAAAACCAAUAAAACUGUUUCCUGGAAUCGAGACGUCCCAACGGAUAAGUUGAGCUUCACUAUGCGGCGUGAAUUCGACAAGCAAAAGGAGGAAACGGAACUGAUCGAGCAGCUGCGGCAGAUUAUCGAAACGCGAUUGAAAAUGUCUCUGCCGGAAGAUAUCGCUCCCGCACUUACCGAUGGCGUUGUGCUAUGUCAUCUGGCAAAUCAUGUGCGACCGCGAUCUGUUGGCAGCAUUCACGUUCCAUCCCCGGCGGUGCCAAAACUGACGAUGGCCCGAUGUCGACGAAAUGUGGACAAUUUUCUGGAUGCUUGUAGAAAAAUCGGCGUAGAUGAGGAGUUGAUAUGCUCCUGUCAGGACAUCGUACCGCCGCCAGUGCCACCGACUGCGAACACCGUGUCGGAUCAGGACCAGCCACCGUCCGACGGACAACCCGAAUCGGAACCGGGAGCGGAACAAAUGCGUCCAUCCAAUCCGUCGGCAAUGUUUCGCACUAUCGUAGCCUUGCUGAAACGGGUCGAUCUAAUGCCGCACGGACCUUCGGCGUCCCACGGUCUAAGCCGGCCGACGUCUCCUCCUCCACCACCACCCACCAGUAGCAGCAUUAACAAAAUCAUAACCACACUCACUGCAGCCAACACCAAUAAAACAACAGAAGAAGCCUGCGAAGGGAAUCACCAGCCGCCCUUGGUAGGCUGUGAUGAGCCAAAUGGUAACUAUCGGGCUUCCCCGAAUUUCCCACACGGCCUAACAAGUGCCUCACCGGCUACUAGCACUCCCAUCACUAACAAUGAACACUCUAACAGACAGAAUAUACGUAACACUUCCGGUUCUACGCGUGCUAAAACGCUGCUUGAGUAUCACUUUGAUGAGCAGGAGGAAUUAAAACGCGAAGACGUGAUUAGGGUGCAGGCUCGACUUAGGGCUGCCAACAAUUCGUGUAGUGAGAGUGAAUGUGGGUCUCAAACGGAAGGGCUAGAUGGAGGAGCAGGUGGGCGUAAUGUCCCGGCUACAUUAGAUCUCGGUUCAGCUACCGGUGCGGGUGGUCGCAGAAAGCGUAAAUUUCCUAGCACCCGAUUUAGCGGUAAACGCCAACAGCAGGAACCGCAGCUGGGUUCUGGCUUGAACGAAAUCAUGGAAGAGUGUGAGUACGAUAGCGAUAUUGGCAAAUUUCGGUGUCGCCAGGCAGGAGAAGACUAUGAAGAUUCGGAAAGUAGCUUGAACUCCCUGGACGAGGAAGCGGCUUUCACGCCGACAAAUGCUAAUCAAGGUGACAUCAAUGAUCUGAACACCCCAACCGGGAUGGAGCCGCUUAAGGCUUUGCUAGAUUUCAACAUUAAUUCGGCUGAGGAGGAUGAUCCGGCUGCAGCCGGGAGAAAGAUUGUCAGCAAGAGGAUCGAGUUUUUCGAAAACACUGCCGCCGUAAGCUGUGGGGAAAAAAUCGUCAACAGUCCACUGAGACGCAGCGUCAGCUCGGAGGACAACGAAGGCCCCGAAAUAGUGGCAAAUUGGAGCAAGAAAUCGAACCACCCAAUGGUUUCGACCAUUCUCUGCCUUGGAACGUUUAUUUUUACGGUCAUCUAUCUUUUUAUGUAUCCACUGCCUAAUUACUAAAAGUGGAUUGAAGUUUUUUUUGUUGUUUUUUGUUCAAUUUUAUUUAAAGAAAGUAGAUUUCCUAUUUUUACCAAUUUAUUAUAUCAUCAAAUUACUUUAUUUCCUUAAUUUUAUUUGAAAAACAUUCAAAGAAUAGAGAUAAAUUGAUUUACUUCGAGAAUUACGAUAUGAUUGUACGAAGAGUGUGCAAAAGCUGGCGAAAAAUUGUACUGCAAGAUGGCGAGGGCGAUUUUUCAUUCCUUUCAUUGUUAGCGGAAAAGAAUUGUUAAAAUCGUAGGUACGCUGGUUCUAGACUGGUUGUUUAUCGGUAAGUAACCGAAAAAUUAGGCUUAAUGGAUUGGCAUAUUCGUUUCAAGUUAAACAUUUCUUUUCCGUCAAAACAUGAUUAAGUUAACUAUAACCAAAAAAUAUUCAUUGUCAAUUUCAAAACCACAACAUUUGCAAUAUUAAUCACGUAUUUGGAAUAACCUGUUUCUAAGUCGAUGAAUCGACAUUUGUUAAAAAAAAUAGAAGGAAAAGCUCAUAAAAUUCAAAGCAUUCUUUUUUUUUCGACGAUGAACCAAAAGUAUUGAAAUAGAGAUAUUCCAACCAAGCAGUAUUUCAUCAGCCCAAUCAAUCAUUGAAAAUCAUUCAGCAGCUCGAAGAGUAAAUCAUUUCAUGUGGCACAACCCAUUUCCAGAGGCUUAUAUUUCGACCAAUUUUAGAGUUUACUCGUUUUAUCUUAGUGUGAUUUAUUAGUUUUUAUUGAUUGCUUUCGUUAAGGUUACAUACGUAACAAGGUGUUUAUCAUAACAUCAUAUUUUAUUCACCUGUCAUUGCUUUUCUUUUUUGUAUUGCUUAGAAUAGGAAAGCUAAAGCGAUCGUUUUAUGCGAAAGUCCAAAACAAUCACUGAUUACAUACGAAUGAAUAUAUACCAAAAUGUAAAACUAAGCUAUGAAACAAGCCACAAAUGCAUGCACAUCUUAUCAUAUACAACACUGAAAACAAACUGAGAAUCACACAGAUUGUCUUAAACCAAGUUGAACAAAGCAGUUGCCUUAUUUUCGUAAACUGCCUUCUUGAAUCGUGAAACGACGAGAUGCAGUUUCGUAGUGAAUACCAAAAUAGAACAACGCGAAUUAAAAAUAAUAAUCAUGCAAUGCAGUAGAGUACGCAAAUACCACACAUUAAUGCAAUGCAUGUUUCAGAUAGGUAUAUUGUUGAUCCAUGUUGAAAGCAGUAGGGAACCGCACUGCAAAAGCAACUCCACGAAGCGUAAACAGUGCGUAGAAAUCUAUUUUAAUAUAUUUUACCAAAUCGAAACAAGUAACAAUAACAGGAUCUGUCUGUAACUCGCGAGCUCCACACUAUUACUAUAUAACCUACAGAGUAAGACAAUGUCGCUCUCUUUAUCCACCUACCAUCUAUCGAUGUUUCUCACUAGUUUUCUAGAAGCUUUUACUGUAGUUUUGAACAAAAAAGAUAGGGAACACGUAAGGACGUACAAUUCGUACAGUGGUUUAAUGUCCACUAGAAAUCAGAAUCUCUACCUAUUCGGUCUAGUCAAUCGAAACGAAAUGUACUUAUUUUUCUUUUUACGUCAUCCUGUAAUUUUUACAUUUGCUUGAUCAUAUUAUUUAUUUUAUUUGUUAUUAAAUAAGAUUUCCAGAACGAAACAUAUUCGAAGCAAACAAUUCGUACCACCAAAAAUUUUGGUUCAAGGCAUAUAGCUUCUGCAUUUUAUAAAACUAUUUUCAUUGAUUUUAUACCUAUUAGAAAAUCUAUAAGAAAACAAGAGAUCUCUGUUUUUUUUUCAAUUUUUCCUUCGACUAACUUUGCGGUAAGGUUACAAUCAAUCAAAAUGUACCGGCAUGUUUGGAAAAAUCUUAGAUUUAAGUCUACACAGUUCAUUCCACUAAAACUAUCGGUAUUG